CCUUAUUCGUACGGCAAACACACAUUUUCGCAUAAGUAACAAAUAAAAUUUUCGUUUUUUCGGUUUUUAACAAUAUAUAAGCCGCAUUUUUUAAACGAGGCACAAGCAAUUCUUUAUAAAAAAAAAGUUGAAUAAAUUCUAUAAGUUCCACUACUUUUACUUAUUUUAAAAAUUGAUUCAUUAAUAUAUAUAUAUAAAUAUAAAAAAAAAGUUCAUAAAUAAUGUACGGUAAUUCGGGUAUUGAGAGGUCGAGGAUAAGGAGAACAUUCGGGGGUGUAAAUGCCACCAAAAGGGUUUCAUAAAUUUCACGAGUUUUUUUUUGGAGGCGCUUUUGCGAUUUUUACCCGCAUAAGCAGUUGCCAGAAAACAGGACGCCGAUGGGUGGAGAUGUCCCAACCCCACCACACUCCAGUACUGUGUGGGUAAGUAAUCUUUUUUUCUCCGUACCCAGAAAAAGUUCUUGAAAUGGAUGCUAGUCACAAAAAGGGGGCGCGAAAUUGUGGUACGCCUAGAAAAUGUUGCCCCAGACCGAGCCGUGCUGCCUACAAAUUCAAAAAGUGUAGACAAACCGAAGGCAAGCGCUCGAUUUAAGCCGCGUUGUUAUCAAAACUAAGAUGUGGAUUUAAUCAAACGCGAACCGAGCCUUUUCAAACCCAAGCCGAGUGGUUUUAAGGGGCCCUUAGAGCCACUCGGCUUGGGCUUGGGAAACCUCGGCUUAGGUAUGGGUUUAUUAUCUUUAUUGUUCUGCAAGCAUCGCGGCUUAGAUCGUGCACUUGCCUUCGGUUUGUCCAUAUUUUUUUGAAUUUAGAGGCCGCCUGGCUUGGUCUGGGAGCAACUUUUUCUAGGCUUACCACUCUUGGGCUUCCCUUUUUGCGACUAGCAUGCACUUAUUUAUUGAACGGAAGACAGACGAUUAAUUACCAUGGAGUAUUCUAGUCGGAGACGUUCGCCUAUUGUGACCCAUCAACAUCUAACACUUUCCGUUAACUGCUCAUUCGGGUAAAAAUCGCGAAAGCGACUCCGAUUAGACCUCAGGAAAUUAAUAAAACCCAUUUGGUGGCAUUAGCAUCCCCGAAGGUUCUCCCAAUCCUUGCCCUGUCCAUCACCGACUUACUGUCCUUGGUUUUCGGAAUUUUCAUUGUUACCUACUUUUUAAUAUUAAGGGAAACAUUUGUAAAAGGUAAGGGUUCAACAAAUUGUAUAGAAUUUUAUCUAGUAGUUUUAUAAAGAAUUGUGCCUCGUUUAAAAAAUGCAGCUUAUAUGUUGUUAAAAAACGAAAAAACGAAAAUCGUAUUUGUUACGCUUGCGAAAGUGUGCGUUUGCCCGUAUCAAUAAGGUUUACAAACUGAAAGGAUGUUGGCCACAGCUGGACCAACAGAAAUUUCGCAUUGGAGGGUCUUCUGUUACUGUAAGUGAAUUCUAAAUUAAAAAACCUCAUCUCAAUCACCGAUAAUGCAGUAAUAUUUUUAACAAACUUAAAAUAAUCAGCUCUAAAAGAAUACCCUCCAUGCGCCAUAAUGCGAACCAUUUUUAAACCAGCGAACGUUAUUUCUGGUCGACGCUGGCAACGCCGUGGAGCCUGCGCCUUUGGUCGGUGGUGGAAACAACAAAAGGACAAUAAAUAACAAGCCAAACUGGAAUGGGCCACAACACAACAAUUGUCGCUCGCCGCCUUUUGCGGCAUCGAUUUUGAAGGAGAAUCCACACAUCCACAUCCACAGGCACAGCUAAAGCGGAAGGACACCCACGGGGAUUUGCGAGUGCAGGGACCAAGGAGCAGCGGAGGGAAAGCGAAGGCAGAACGAGUCCAGCUCGUUUUCCGGAUCCAGUUUUGAUGUCCUCAGACAGGCGAUACUACUUCGGAGCGGAUCUGGAGGACAAUGGGGACAACGCCAUCUGCAAGAACAACGGCAACAACAACGAGCCGGAAGUGGACAAGGACGACCAGGACCCGGACGACUCGGAGUUUCUGCAGGAUGUGCCCUACUCCUCGAGCAGCAUUGACCGCAGCUCGGUGGGCUCCAUUCCGUGGGCGGACGAUGCCAUCAAGAAGAACCUGCUGGACUGGGAGCGGGUGGAGCGGCUGAUGAGCGGAGAGGAUCCCCUGGCGGAGCUCCAGGAGCCGGAGUUGCGCAACGAGAUCGCCGACUGGCACCGCAAGUUCCCCAGCCUGCUGGGUCGGAGGACUCGUCCGUUACGGCACCAUAGCUUUGAUAGCCAGACGCGGGAGGACAUCGACUCGAUUUCAAAUCUCAGCCUGAACUCCCUGGACGACGAGGAUGACGACGAGGAGGCGGAGGAUGGCUUUCUCACACCCAAAGCGGAGGAGCCGCAGCAGCCGCAUCAUCGUCCCUACUUGCGUCCCAGCCAAAAGAAGUUGGUGGAUCUACUAGACAGGGAUCUGCGGGUCACCUCCGUCUCGGUGAAGCUGCUCAAGCGCCAGCGCAGCCAGCAGUACCAGCCGCAGCUGCCCAUCUCGGCCACCACCCAAUCCUCGGCCCGCCUGCGCAUGCCGCCCAUCCUAAACGUGCUGGACACCAACAGACGCUUUCGGGGAUUGCUCAACAACCGAAGCUUCGUCCAGCUCACCCAAGUGCAGCAGAAAGAGCAGCUGCAGCAUCAGAACCAAGCCAAGUCUGCCGUGUUGCCACAUCAGGGCCAUCGAGCGUCCGCCUGGCACAUGCCCAUGGCCGCCAGUCGCUUCUUCAACAACAAGAACGCCGUGGUACUGCCCUCGCUGAACCUGGGCAGGCACAGCAGGGAUUUGUUGGCCACCACCACGGCCACUUCAAGCCAGAGCAACUCAAGCGGCGGCGGCGGGCACAACAGUCACGGCCACAGCAACAGUUCCUCCAACCGUUCCACGCUGCAUCCGUUCGGAGCGACGAGCGUUUCCAGCAACACCCCAUCGACAGGACGGUCCAUCUCGGCUGCAGUGCAUCAUCCGCGAUCAGAUUUCGCUCCCAGCAGCGCCUUCUACAUACCCUACAGUGCCUCGAAAUUCAAAGCCUUCAAAUAACCUCAAACAAUAAAACUGAACUCAAAAGAUUAA